AUGUUGCCUCCUAUAGCGUUUUCCAUCACUCGAAUCAGUCCUCAUGGAUGGAUCCUGGGCUCCUCGAUGAUCUGCGAAAGGAUUAAGAAUCCAGAGGUCAAACCGGCGACCGUAAUAAUUGACUGGCAAGAUGGCGACAACACCUUCUACCUUCGGAAGAAGACCGCAAACGAUAUGUCAGGAGGUGACGCUGAGAUCGACAGGAUACAUGUCGGGGGGACUUCAGCAGCUGUUUGGUGCCUCGGAGAGAAUGCAUUCUGCAAGGUACAUGCCUGGUGCGAAGGGCUAGAGCUUGAGGCCAACACUAUUCGAUUCGUAGGUGAAAAGGCCUCAGAAGUGCCCGUCCCAGAGGUUGUCUACUCGUGGAUCGAUCACGACCUCAACAGAACCUUCCUCAUAACAAAGCGAGUCCGAGGACAAACGUUGGAACGAGCGUGGCCGCAGCUCUCCCCGCCCCAACGCAUACGAAUUGCCCAUGAUAUCGCGUGGUUCUGUGUUUUACUGGCUGCCAACACUUCAUCUCGGUUUGAAACGGUCACUGGAUGUGGUGUCUAUGAAGCAAGGUUGAUGGAGAGCGCUCAUCCAUCCCAUCCCGCGUGGUUACCGAGAAUCCUUGGUCCAUUCUCGCUAGAGGCCAUCCAGGACUACAUGGCAAACAUCUCGACUGAACCUGCCCCAGACAUUGAUCUGCCCUUUCACUUCUACCAUGCAGACCUUGGACCGACAAACAUCAUGAUAUCAGAGGAUGGCAACCUUGUUACUGGAAUUAUUGACUGGGAAUCCGCAGCUUAUUACCCACAAUUCUGGGUGGCCACUAAGCCCGUGUAUGCUGGAGCCUUUUGGCUUGAAUGUGAGACCGACGAACCGAAAUUAUGGGGUCAGCUCCUAGGACAGGCACUCGAUGCAAGCGGUUACAAGCGACUGGAUGCAGUAUUCCGCCGCUGGAGCAGGUCUGUCACUUAG